AUGGCGGUCCUUCCGCUCCGCGUGCGAACAUUUCGCGCGUUGUGGCGACUGAAGAGCGUCUUCAUCCUGUCGUCGGGCCCCUUGCUCCUGCUGCCGCUCGCUCUCAGCACCAAGGAAGCCGCGUGCGCGUACGUCAUCCUGCUGAUGGCGCUGUUCUGGUGCACGGAGGUUUUGCCGCUGGCCGUGACGGCGCUCCUGCCGACCGUCUUGUUCCCCGUGCUCGGCAUCAUGCGGUCCAAAGAUGUGUGCAUGCAGUACCUGCGCGACAGCAACAUGUUAUUCGUGGGCGGCCUGAUGGUGGCGGUGGCCGUGGAGCACUGGCGUCUCCACAAACGCAUCGCGCUCAAAGUUCUUCUGACGGUCGGCGUCAGGCCCGCUUCGUUAAUGCUGGGCUUCAUGGCCGUGACGGCCUUCCUGUCCAUGUGGAUCAGCAACACGGCCACGGCCGCCAUGAUGGUGCCCAUAGCGCACGCCGUGCUGGAGCAGCUGCAUCCCCGCGAACGCCCGGACGCUUCCGUAAGGGAGCCCGACGCCCCGGCGACGACCGCCCAUUGCGCGCUGGAGGUGGAGGAGAACAAUGAUGAGGACGACGCGGACGGGGAAAGAAGGCGCUUGAGCAAAGGUCUGCUGCUCAGCGUGUGCUACGCCGCCAGCAUCGGCGGCAUCGCCACGCUCACGGGAACCGGACCCAACCUGGUCCUGCUGGGCCAGAUGAACCAGCUAUUCCCGCAGAGCGGCGGCGUGGUCAACUCGGCGUCGUGGUUCGCCUUCGCCUUCCCCACCAUGAUGUCGAUGCUCACGAUGGCCUGGCUUCUGCUGCGGCGAGUCUUCGUCGGAACGAGGUCAGCGACGGCCCCGGAGCGCGGGUCGGGGCGAGAGGCCGAGGAGCGAGCGGCCCGCGCCGUCAUCGCCGAGGAACACCGGCGGCUGGGCGGCAUGACGUACGGCGAGACCAGCGUGACGGCGCUCUUCCUCCUCAUGGUGGCGCUGUGGUUCACGCGGGAGCCGCGCUUCGUCCACGGCUGGGCCUCGCGCACCUUCAACGCCCGAGCAGAGUACGUGACCGACGCCACGGUCUCCCUGAUGGUGGCGCUCUUGUUGUUCGUCCUGCCGUCCCGGCCUCCCAAAUACCUCUGCUACUGGAAGGAGCAUUCUAAUCCGGAGGGGGAAGCGUCCGGAGGCCCCGCCCCUCCGCUGUUGACGUGGAAGGUAGCGCAGGCCAAGAUUCCCUGGAACAUCGUGCUGUUGCUGGGCGGCGGCUUCGCACUGGCCAAAGGCAGCGAGGAGUCGGGCCUUUCGCGCUGGUUGGGCUCCCAGAUGACACCGCUGGACUCCAUACCUCCUUGGGCCAUCACCGUCGUCCUGUGCCUCCUCACCGCCAUCUUCACGGAGUGCGCGAGCAACGUUGCCACAGCGACGCUCCUACUGCCCGUCCUGGCCUCCAUGUCCCAGUCGAUAAGCGUGAAUCCCUUGUACGUGAUGAUCCCGUGCACUCUGAGCGCCUCCUUCGCCUUCAUGCUGCCGGUGGCCACGCCCCCCAACGCCAUCGUCUUCUCCUCGGGCUUCCUCAAAGUGGCCGACAUGGUCAAAACCGGCGCGGCGAUGAACGUCAUCGGCAUCGCGUGCAUCAGCGUGGCCAUCAACACGUGGGGACGCUUCUUGUUCUCGCUGGACUCCUUUCCCGAGUGGGCCAACGCCACCGCGCCCAUUUAG